AUGUUAAUAUUUAUUCAAAAAUUUAUUUAUAUGAUAGAUAGAAUUAAAUAUUUAUUUAUUAACAAAAAAAGAAAUUAUUCAAUUGAUUCUUGUGAAGAAGUUGGGGAAGAGGAAAUGAAUAAUUUUAAGCAAAUUAUUGGGCAUAUUGUGGAUUGCAAAGAUGACUAUUUUACUAUGGUUGCUACUGACUACACUAAUUAUGAAUUGUAUAUUGCUCCUAAUAAGCGUUUAUUAAUGCCGGAACUGAACGGGUUUUAUCAAUGUACUGGAACUAUAUCAGAAAGAGAUGAUGGAAGGAUUGCAUUUGCUGUUGAAUCAAUCAAAAAACUCGAACGUGGAUGUAAAGAAUUGGAAGAACAAAUGCCUUGUCAGGAUUUUCAGACAGCACAUAAACUUAUUUGUGGAUCAUCUGACGUUUCUUCUCUCUUUUCUUCUUCAUUUUUUGGCAAAAGUCUUAUCAAUCUUUCUGGGAAUGCUUCUAACUCAGAAAAUGUCAAGGAUGAAAAUGGUUGCGAUCUGAAUCAAACGGCUGAAACAAUUACUGAAGAACCUGAUCUAAACAAAACAUUAAAAGAAGAAGAUUAUUCUGAUACUAAAGAAAAUGAUCCUGUAAAAGUUGAAAACAAAGAAAAUGUGCCAGCAAUAGUAAUCUCAAUUGAUAAAUGCAAAAAUGUUGCAAAUUUGUUUGUACUUGGACAGAAAGGCCCUUUAAUUAAAAUUGCUAUAAAAUCUUUGGAAGCUCCAGUUCAAUUGGGCCAGUGGUAUUCAAUUAAAUUAUCUGAGUUAAAGAAAACUAAAGAUUCUUCAAUUUGUUAUAAUAAUUUUGCAAAAUUGUUGGGAAAACAGCCGCCUUUAAAAACUAAAAUUUCUUCGAGUGGAACUGUUCAGUUUUUAACAAUAGCAAUUUUGGACAAAAGGACAGAAAAUGGAUUUUUCUGUUUUAAAUCUUCACAUUUUCCUUUUAUAAUUGAUUCUUCGUGUUUAUUAAAUCAUUACAACGACAACGAAAUUAAAAAAGUCAAGUUUUGGUGUUGUUUAAGAAGAAUGCCGAUUGAGGGAUGUUAUUGGAAAAUUAUUGGAAUUUUAAAUAAAAAUAAAAAGAAGUUAGUUCCAUAUAUUGAAGAAGAAAAAGAAAAGGAAGAAAAAAUGAGAAAGGAAGAAGAAAAACGGAAAGAAGAGGAGAAAAGAAAGGAAGAAGAAAAAUUGAAGGAACAACAAAAAAUUAGACAAAAUGCCAAAGAAAAACAAAAAAAGAAUGAAAAUGGAAUUUUUGAAGGAUUUGUUUGUGGACAAAUAAAUAAUGAAUAUUUGGUAUAUUUGCCUGAAGAAAAAGAAUUUGGACAUUUACCGAUGAGAGGAAAAAUGGAUAUGGAUAAAUUGUUGGGAAUUUGGAUACAAUUACAAUUACGUUUAAUUAACGGAAAAAGAAUGGUAGAAAAAUUUUCUGUGAUAGAACCAAAAAUGUUGUUAAUUGUGUCUCAGGAAAAUCGUGUUAUGUUCAAAGCAAAAAUAGAAGUUCCUCUCUUACAAAAUUCUUCAUCUUUGCCUUUUUGUCGAUCACUUGGAAUUUAUGUCAGAGAUAAUUAUAAUUUAUUGCAAGCAAAACAUUGUGGACGUUUUAUCAACACAACAAUUGGGUGUUUGGUACAACCAUUGGAAAAUGAGGAAAAUUUAGUUCAGUUUGAAAUUUUGCAUAUUUUGGAACGUUAA